AUGUCGGGUCGCCCCGUCUCCGUCCCCGCCAUUGCCUCGCCGCGUCACCAGCAGUCUGAUCGUCCCUCCAUUCACCGCUCCGACCUCGUCCUCGUCCUCUCCCCAUCCGCCUCCAUCGCCCCCAUCCGUCCUCGCCUCCCGUCCGACCGAUUCAGGACGGUCAGACCUCCGGCCUACUGCCAAUCAACUCGUCCAGGCGACAUCUCGACGCCCGGCGGCCAACGUCUGGCCCGAGCCCUCGAGGCCGCCUCCGCCCGCCUCCUCGUCCGCUCCCCAUCCGCCUCGCCAUCCGUCCUCGUCACCCGUCCGGCCGAUUCAGGACGCUCAGACCUCGGGCCUAUCAGCUCGUCCAGGCAACAUCUCGACGCCCGGCUGCCAACGUCUGGCCCGAGCCCUGAGGCCGCCUCCGCCCGCCUCCGCCCGCCUCCUCGUCCGCUCCCCAUCCGCCUCCAUCGCCCGCGACAUCUCGACGCCCGGCGGCCAACGUCUGGCCCGAGCCCUCGAGGCCGCCUCCGCCCGCCUCCGCCCGCCUCCGCGUCACCCUCCCGCCAGUCGCCAGGUGCCCGGGGGCCCUGUGCGGACGCGAGGGCCAAGAUGCAGCAGUCCACGCCCGUCCUCGACUCGACCAUCUUCUCCUCCUUCACGCCGACGUCCACGUCCCGGCCGGCAACGCGCGAGGGUAGCAUCAGCGUCGAUCCGCUGCACCGUCCGCCGCUGCCCCAUCCGCCGCCCCUCUCGCCGCCGCCGCCGGUGCCUCCGUUUCAUCACCAGCCGCCGCAUUCCCCUCAGCCGCCGGGAACGCAGCCGUCGGCCUCGAGGGCCUCGGGAGCCGGAGCCGCCGUCAGGGACGCGCGCAAGCCCUCGCUGUCGUCCCGCAAGGCGAGCAGCACCUCGCUCCCAUCCCCGUCGGCACGCCGCCGCGGCUCCUCGGCGGCGUCCCUCGGCAGCACCUCGCCCUACGGCGUCGUCACCGACGCGACGGCGCCUCCGGCCCUGCCCGAGUAUGCUCUCCCAGCUGCGGCCAAGAUCCAGACGCGCGCCGACAGCGUCACCGACCUGAGAGGCCUGCGCAGUCCCGUCAGCCCCGACGCCUAUGCCCACACGCCCGUCCUCACGCCCACCCUCUCGCGCACGACGACGGCGAACGCGAUGCUCCUGAACGGCGUCUCGGGCCUCGGCCACCACGGCGAAUCGAGCGCGGUCCACCAGCACGUCGCCGACGUGGCCCACAAGCGCAUCUCGACGCUCGACUACCUACGCAAAGCGUUUGUCCUCCCCCUCCCCAUUCCUCCCCCUUUCGCUGAUGAUCGGCCCAGGCACGAAGGCCGCGUCUACUGGCUCAACACCUACCUCUUCGAGCGGCCCGACCUCGGCCGCAUGUCCUGCUUCGACCCCCGCAAGCUCGCCCGCAAGGCGACGAACCACCUGCUGCUGGGGCUGUCGAUCCCGACCAUCAACGACCUCUACUCGUCGUCGCCCCUCGAGUUCCUGCGCUGCCUCAACGCCCUGCUCGCCGAGUUCGACUCGUUCCAGCAGCUGCACGGCGACCACUCCUCGUCGGCGGCCGCGAGCCUCUCGCGCGCCCGCCUCCCCAACAUGUUCCGCCGGCCCGGCGGCGGCAGCAGGUCGCGCCGAUCGACGUCGGCCGCCGACGUGACGGCCGACGAAGGCCAGCAGCUCCCGCCGGCCGGCGCCUCGGGCGGUGCGCCGAGCGUCAUGAACUUUGCCGCCGCCGAGUCGGAGCUCUUCCCCGGCGAGGAGUACACGUACCUGCUGACGCCGUCGCUGCCCUUUGAGCCCGACUUUUUCGAGACGUUUGCGACGCUGUGCGACGUGCUCAUCGACUGCUACACGCGAUUCCUCUCCCUCGUCCCGACGCCCCGCGAGUGCACGACGCCCGUGGCUGAGCUGUUCGCCAAGGCCGACGGCAAGCUGCGCAAGAUCAUCGUCAACGGCGUCGUCAAGGAGUUUGAGGAGCACAGCCGGAGCCACGUCAAGACGGAGGUGGCGAGCAUCGGCAAGGUCGUCCUGGGCGGCCUGAUGUGA